GUUACAUUAAAAGUCCCACAAGUCCUGCUGGUUGGAUAUCCGCGAUGUUUUUGGCCGCUUUUUGAUGAAAAGGGGGGGAGCUGUUGGAGUGGGUGCUGCUGGUUGGAGAGCCCGCUGACUGAACUUGUGAGGAGAGAGAGAGAGAGAGAGGGAGCUGUGCGCUCUCUUCCCGGCAGAGUGCGUCCCGCACCACACACACACACACACAUACACACACACACACACACACAUACACAUACAUACACACAUCGGAGCUACUCUACUUCCAAGCAGCGGACUGGUUUCUCUCACGCACCUCCUGAAUAUCUCACAUGAGCAGUCUGAAGGACGCCAGCAGACCUUUCUUACCUGUGCACCUCCAGCGUGCGUCAAAGCAACUCUGCUGUUUCUUCAUCUAAUUGUUUCCUCCGCGGUUUCCUGCCCGGUGCUUUUGGAUUACGGAGAAUAACAAGCAAACUCUCGAGAUCAUGGAAUUAUGGAUAAAGUUGAUGUUGUUGUACAGCUGCUGCUUCGGAGCAAGUGCAGACUUUGACGGCAGGUGGCCACGGCAGAUGGCCUCGUCCAAUGGUCUGUGUCGAUACGGGGCCAGAGUGGACUGCUGCUGGGGAUGGACACGUCGAUCCUGGGGUCACUGCCAGCCUCUCUACGCCUUAACUCACAGAGUAGUCGGGAUAAGGUGCCAGCCCCAAGCUGUGUGCCAGCCUGGCUGUAAGCACGGAGACUGCGUGGGACCCAAUAAGUGCAAGUGCCAUCCUGGCUUCACCGGCAAGACCUGCAAUCAAGAAGAAGAGCUGGACUAUUUAACCCCACCAAUGUGGGACAGUCACCUUCCUAUCUUUCUUCCCGUGGACCAUCAGCCAACGAGGGUAGUGACGGAGGACCUGAACGAGUGUGGGCUGAAGCCAAGGCCUUGUAAACACAGGUGCAUGAACACAUAUGGGAGUUACAAGUGCUACUGCCUGAACGGCUACAUGCUGAUGCCUGAUGGGACCUGUGGAAACGCUCGCACUUGUGGCAUGGCCAACUGCCAGUACGGCUGUGAGGUGCUGAAAGGAGAGGUCCGAUGUCAGUGUCCGUCACCAGGGCUACAGCUGGCUCCGGAUGGAAGAACCUGUGUGGAUGUGGAUGAGUGUGCAGCAGGAAUAGCAGUGUGUCCCAGGUUCAGAAAAUGCAUCAACACCUUUGGUAGCUACAUCUGCAAGUGCCAUGAAGGGUUUGACCUGCAAUACAUCAAUGGGAAAUACCAAUGCAUAGAUGUGGAUGAGUGCUCUUUAGGUCAGAGCCACUGCAGCAACUUCGCCACCUGCUACAACACGCCAGGCUCAUACAAGUGCAAAUGCAAAGAUGGCUACAGGGGGAUGGGCCAUGACUGCAAACCCAUUCCUAAGGUGGUUAUUGACCCCCCGAGACCAGGCAAACUGCCUCCAAAUCAUCACAACUACAUCCCCGACUUUGAUCAGAGGAGGACCACUACCACUGUCCGCCCCCCUCUGACUCCAAGGAGAAUCUUCCCCGUUAUCCCCAAAUCAACAACCGCUAGAACAACAACAACCACAACCACGACCGAAGCACCUCUGCCUCCAAAGAGGGUCACUCCACCUCCAGGCAGGCCAGCAGUUCCCACCCAGAAGCCUUUUGUCCCCACCAGGAGGCCACCAACACCAACGCGCAAGCCCUACGUCCCACCGAGGCCAGUGGCUCCCACCAGACGGCCCCCGCCGCCACCACCGGUCACCCCUGUGGACAACACCAUCCAGAAGGAGGUCACCAAACAGAGAGGGGAUGUCCACAUCCCUCGGAACCACGACCAUAACACCGUCCUUGGGAUCGACUUUGACAUUGAGCUUGGCAACACAGCAGAUGAAGCCAAGGAUGACCCAGAGUCAGGGUAUCUGAGCUGCUCCUUUGAUGAUGGUCUUUGUGGCUGGAUCAGGGACAAAGAUGGAGACCUGCACUGGGAGACGACGCCUGAUCCAUCAGGUGGGCGGUACCUCACCAUUCCCGAGGUGGGAAACAAGAGGACUGGAAGAGGGGCCCGUCUGGUCCUCCCACUGACCCCGCCCUGGAACGACGGCAAUCUCUGUCUGUCGUUCCGGCACAAGCUGGCAGGCCACCAUGUGGGUAUGCUGCAAGUGUUUGUGAAGAAGGGAAAGCAGUACAGUCCAGCAGUCUGGGGAAGAACUGGUGGAAAUGGCUGGAGGCACACCCAAAUAACAUUAUGGGGAACAGGCCUGGAAAGUGUGAUCCUGAAGGGGGAGCGUGGGCGAGGCAGGAGCGGAGAGAUGGCUGUGGAUGACAUCAGCCUGAGGAAAGGCUCCUGCACAGAGGAGCACAAUCUGAGGAGACUCUGACUGAUAGAACAGAGAAAGGCAGAAAGAAAACAGGAGGGAAAAUCAUCUCAAAGAGAAGUGACUCUGUUGUGACUCCCCCUCACUCUGUCUUGGCUCUCGCUGACCGCCCCCUCCCUCCUCCCCCACACCCCCAACGCAUCCCCCAGCCAUCCUGUGAACAAUAUCCAACAAAUUGUGCGUCUGCAGAACAGUGGGUAUCUCUUUCCUGACUGUCCAUGAAUAAACAGACUAAACCGAAUCUCAUGGGCGUAUCCAAGCAGCACGCCCUCGUCUCCUCAGCCUCCCUCUCACUCCAUCACCUUGUUACUCUGAAACCUGCAUGUACCUACUUACCAUGGAAAUGUCCUCCACCUAACACAGCCCUGGCAGCCCUCCAGCCAUACCGCUGAGAGGCCCGCACUCACUUCAUUUCUUCCUGGAGAGAGGAUCGUUCCCUCACUAUGGAGUCUGCUUUUGCCUUGCUUUGAUCCUUAACCACAAGCCAUUGCUUUUUAUUUGCUUGACAUUAAAACAUGUGGCCAGAGGUGGUGCAUUUUGUGACUGCUGUGAUCAGCAAAAUAUCAGAGGUUAUAUGCAUUUCUUUCAGGAUUAGAGAUUUAAAGAAAAAUAUAAAGACAAAUUGUAUUUGUCAUCAUUUUUUUCCUAAUCCGAAUUAUUUCAAAUCUGAUGAAGACCCACAGCAUAAAACCAGAGAGCCAGUUUAGUCCCGCUUUUGUUGAUCUGAUCUGAGUUUUUGGUAUUGCUACUGUUCUAUAGCACAGUUUUGACUGAAACAGCACAGCUCAUCUUUUGUUAUCACAGUAUUUCGAAGAUCUGCUCGGUAGAAGAGAGCUUAAAAUUUGAGCACCUUUUCUACCCUGAUCUCUUAUUGAAGCCUCCUAAAGUUGUUUAGACACUUCACAAUCAUGUUUUUCAGAUACUUGAAAUGUGUCAAACAGAAUCAGUGUAUGAUUUUUGACACUUGCAAAUCAACAGUUACUUUCUAUUAUACAGUACAGUUAUGUGCUUUGUUAUAUUAAGUGCAGUUUGUUAUAAAAGAUACCAACAACUUUUUAGGCUUUCACAAAUUGUAUUAUUGUAAAUGUAGUUGUGUGUACAUACUCGAAAGAUCCAUCCCAUUUGUUGUGUGGUUUAUACGUUAUGUGAAUUUAUAUAUGAAUAUUAAUUGGAUUUCAAAAUGGUUGGUAUUUCAACUUUUCAUUGAACAUCAUGUAUACAGCUGGAAACCUUGUUUAGUUCAAGGCUGUGUUUAAAGUGCACAAAAUGUGUGUGUCCAUGUGUUAUGGUAUAAAGCUCUGUCUGUAACCUGCAAAGCACAUAGUUGCAUAUUGUAUGCUGUGAUAAUGAAGGGCAUCGGCUGGAAUUUUAAGGUUUUCUGUAUGCAUGGGUGCAUUCACCAUAUUCAGAUUUAUGCAGACCAGUAUGUAAAUAAAAAUACAUUUGACUGA